CAUUGGCUGUGUGCUCUUUGGAGCAUGAUGCGGGGUCAAAGGUCACGCCCCUUAUCUACAGGCAAGUCGUGCUGACGCGGCUUCCUGCUUUGUUGUCCAGCACCAUUGUGGGGGACCAUGGAACGGUCACUGCCAUCAGCAGAAAGUUUGCUUUCCUACACACACACACACACACGCGCAUUCAUACAAACGCACACAUACACACAAACCCACGCACACAGUCACUUACUUUUGCGCACAAUACUCUCACUUUAUAUCUAAAUUUUUUCUUUAUUUUCUUUCUUUUUUCUUCCCCUCUUUUAUUUCAGCGAGUUUCUCUGUGAUCGGCUUUUUCUUUUUGUGUGUCUCUUUCUUUUGAUCCUCGGUGCAGGCGGUCCAAGCCUUUGAGCCCUGCGUGUGUAAUGUGCUGACUGCAGGAGCGGCGUCCAUCGCUCUAUUGUUCCCGAGGGGCCGGUGCUGGACACUCUUGUGUGAAUUAUAGUGCUGUACAGACAGGCAGUUUACAUACAUAUACACCUCACAACACACCACUUACACACUUGUGUCAUUUGUGUGCAUAUUUGAAUAGAAAUCGUCCACAGAUGUUUGACUAUGCAGCCAUGAAUCUCCAUGAAUCUCUCAUGUGCACACAUGAGAAUGAUCAGCUUACCCCGAUGGGAUAUCAAACCAGUCAGACAAGGGUAUUUAAACAUAGAUACUGAAUGAGUAUUAAUGGUAUACCGGAUGUAGUUCUGUAAUAUGUUCAUAACUAUGAUAGUCUCUACUGCACUUUAGAAGGUGAGGUGUUUGUACUGCUCAGAAAACACUGUCCUGUAGGUUAGUAUUUGUGAUGAAUUAAAUUGAUGUAUAAAAUGCUAUGAAAAUGAGAUUUUCUAGCCUAUUUAGGCAACAGUGGGUGUUUUAGUUAUUAGUUAUUUUGUAUUGAUGAGGAGUAAAAAAAAGGUUGAAUAUAAUAAAGUUAAAUUUAAAGUUGUAAACUGACUUCAAGGUCUUAAUGGAUAAGUCGGAUCUGUAAGUGUGUGAGUUUCUUUGUAUGCUCUGAAUGUAUAUCUGACGGCGUGAACAGGCUCCUCUUUCCUCUUUCGCUCCAUGACUGUGUGUGUGCAUGACUGAGCAUGUUUGUAUAUAGGCGUGAGUGAAAGGGUGAAAGGACCAGAGACAUGGGGUCAGUUGACGCGGACAUGGCGUGCAGGUCGGAGACAGAUCACAGCUCGGUGUGGAAGAACUCAGUAGCAGAGUCACUGGCGAGACAUUCCCUUCUGGGAUGAUCUGUCCCCUGGACCAGGACUUUUGGGUUUGGCCCGCUGAUUGUUGACCGUUUGGAACUUGUGCUUAUAUGCACUGGGCACGGUGCCCUCCAUCCAGUCCGAAUGUAGCGGACUAAAGCCCGGCAGCUCAGUGCUGAACAAUGACCAGUACAGCAAUGUGCUGACUCCCUGCCCCGACCAACGGGCCCAGCUGCUUUUCAGCACCAGCAUGUAUAAAUAGGUCCGUUUAAUGUGGGUUCGGGACAUCGUGCUUGUGAAGCCCCCACAGUGAGGACUGCGCUGCUAUUCUUUGGGGCCGGUCAGGCAAAUCCGCAUUGAGACACACAGUAACAUGGCUCUGAAUAAUCCCAACCCAAUGGGACCAUGGAAGUGUGUGUGUGUGGAAUGUGCAUACUACAUGUAUGCAUUUGUGUCCUCUCCAGAUCACAGUUUAUGACCAGGAGAACUUCCAAGGGAAGCGUCUGGAGUUUACCUCAGCCUGCCAGAACAUCAUGGAGUGUGGCGUUGACAACAUCCGCUCCCUGAAGUUGGAGUGUGGAGCCUGGGCAGGAUAUGAGCACUCCAGCUUCUGUGGACAGCAGUUUGUGUUGGAGAGAGGAGAGUAUCCUCACUGGGAGUCAUGGAGCGGCAGCAACGCCUACCACAUUGAGAGGAUGAUGUCCUUCCGCCCCAUCUGCUCUGCUAACCACAAGGAGUCCAAGAUGGUGUUGUUUGAGAAGGAGAACUUCAUGGGACGCCAGUGGGAGAUAAACGAUGACUACCCCUCUCUGCAGGCGAUGGGCUGGGGCAACAACGAGAUUGGAUCUAUGCAAGUUCAGAGUGGAUCCUGGGUGUGCUACCAGUUCCCAGGUUACCGGGGUUACCAGUACAUCAUGGAGUGUGAUCGUCAUGGCGGCGAGUACAAACAUUACAGAGAGUGGGGCUCCCAUGCUCAGUCCUUCCGGGGGCGGUCGGUGGGUGGAAUCCACAAAUGA